CGUCACGAGCGGCGCGAUGCCGACGACGAUCCCGUCGACGAAGCCGAUCAGUCCGUGGUACCACGUGAAGCAAUCCGGCGGACUCACGCCGUUGGAGAUGGGAGUGAACUUCGGCCUCGUCGGCGCGAGCUGCGUCGCCGCUCAGGGCACCGUGCACUGGACGCGGACCGCGAUGGUGCAGCAGCAGCUCGCGGGCAUGCGCGGGGAGCAGCCGCUGGGCAUGCUCGCGCAGACCGGGUCGAUAUGGAGGAGCGAGGGCAUCCGCGGACUGUACCGCGGCUUCUCCGCCGCGGCGUUACGAGAGGCGACGUACAGCAGCCUGCGAUUCGGUCUGUACGAGCCGCUCAAGGUCGCGCUCGACAGCAGCGGAGGCACGAAAGAGCUGCCGGUGUGGAAGAAGGUGACCGCCGGGCUCGUCGCCGGCGCGGGCGCGGCGGCGAUCGCGUCCCCGACAGAUCUGCUCAUGAUUCAGAUGGCGUCCUCGAAACAGUUCCCGCCGCCGACGAUGUAUCAGGUCGCGACAGAGGUCAUCGCGCGCGACGGCGUGAAGGGACUGUAUCGAGGCCUCGGGACGACGGUGACGCGCGCCGCGGUGCUCGGGGCGACGAAGAUGGCGACGUACGACGUGAUCAAAACCGAGCUUCGACGCGCCGGGUGGACGGAAGGUCCCGGGUUGGUGUUCACCGCGUCCGUCGCGACCGGGCUCGCGAUCACGGUCACGACGUCGCCCGCGACGAACAUGCAGACGCUGAUCAUGAGCGGGAACGUCGGCGGGGGUGGGGGGAUGGUCAACGCCGCGGCGGAAAUAUUGCGGAGGCAAGGUCCGGUUGGGUUCUUCCGCGGGUUCGGCAUGCAGUGGGCGCGCUUUGGGCCGUACGCCGUCGUGCAGUUCGCGGUGUGGGAGUCCUUGAGAAACGCGUGCGGGAUCGGGGCCAUUUGACCGCGGUUCGGGGAGGGUUUCAUAGCGUAGAAGUCGGAAUUCCAUUAUUUUUUUC